AUCGUAGCCGUCGGUGACUGUUUAUAUUGUUCAGGCUGUGGGAACAAAAUUAUUUGGAAACUUUGUGUGAAAGGAAACGGAGUUCUCAGAUGAUGACUGCCCUUCCAGUGUUUGCGUUGGUUGUGACUUGCCUGGCAGCCAUAGUGCAGCACACCGCCGCAAUCUGCUGUCGAGAAACCAGAGGAAUUUAUUGCCUUGAUUGCACUAAGAAAACCCCUUACUGUUCAUACGGAAAGUGCAACAUAUUCGGCUGCGCUUGUGCCUCUGCAUGUAGAAAGAACUGCAACCCUUGGGUCACUGAAAAAAGUAGAGGCUGGCUGAGAGGGGCAGACUACAGUUGCCAAUGUAGGAACAAAAGGAGAAGGGAUGCUGAGGAUGUUGAGGGCCAGGAAGAUGAGGACCAGGGUGAAGAGGACCAGGAUGAUCAGGGCGAAAACUGGGGUCCAGAUAAAAUGUUCGCCGAGCUUGAUACAGAUGGAGAUGGUUAUAUAAGCUUGGAUGAGCUCAGCACUGUCCUACAGGGUUACCCAGAUAUUAACGCUGCGUUUAAGGAAAUGGACGCCAAUGAUGACGGCAAGAUUGAUCGCCAGGAGUUCGAUUCUGAUCUGCAGUAGCUCUGAAAAACGGAGAUGAACAGCGCAUCACGUCUUCCUCCCUUUAUUGAAAUUAGAAAUGUACCUUUAUCAUUAUGUGAGACGAAAUGAUGAUGCUGUUUAUAUGAAAUUCAGAUACUUAUGCAACCUUUUCCUUUAUUUCGCGUGAUAUUAAAUUUGGAAUUUCUUGGUAAAUUAGAAUUUGGAAUUAUGUGAGACAAAAUGAUAACGGUAAUAAUAUGAAAUUCAGAUAGCAAUGCGA